AUGCGGCUAAAAGGAGGACCAAGAGGACUAUCAGAUCAUUACCCGUUGAUUGUGAAACUUACAAGAGUAAGAGGGGGCCCUAGACCUUUCAGAAGUCUGGAUUCCUGGUUUACGCAUGAGGAUUUUCUGAGGGUGGUCAAAAAUGAAUGGAGAAAUUUGGGAGAUGCUCAGUUCACAUGUAAGCUAAAAGCUUUGACGGUACCUUUGCGAAAAUGGCACAAGGAUAAUUUUGGCGACAUGGAUAAGAGACUAAUGAUGUUUGAGGAGGAGAUUAAGAGGCUUGACAAUAUGGUUAGUGAUUGCAUUUAUGACGGUACAACGAAGGCUAGAAGGAAAGCGUUGGUGAGCUUUUGUGAAAAGUGGUAUGUUAGGAAAGGGAUCCAUUCGAAGCAGAUAUCACGGUCCCAAUAUGCUAGGAACAUGAAUAAGAAUACUAAAUACUUUGAUAACAUCGCCUCGGCUAGAAGAAGGAAUAACAAGAUUGACGCUCUGAUGAUUGGUGGACGGAUUGGUGUUCGGGAUGGUUUGGUGAAGAAGAUUGAUGGAGCGGAGGCGGAAGCCUUAGGGGUUUUGCCAUCUGUGGAAGAAAUUAGGGAGGCAGUUUGGGAUUGUGAAUCUUCUAAGACUCUAGGUAGUGAUGGGUACAAUAUGAACUUCAUCAAACAAUGCGGGGAGGAUAUUGGUCAGGAGUUCACUGCAGCAGUGAUGGGGUUCUUCCAAAGUGCUAAGCUUCCAACAGAUGCGAAUGUCAUGUGGGUAACGCUAGCUCCGAAAUUUGUGGGUUUCAAGGAGAUCAAGGAUUUUCGGCCGAUUAGUAUGGUGGGGUGUGUGUAUAACGUGAUUUCGAAGGUUUUGGUGAGAAGGAUGAGGUCAGUCAUGUCGGGAUUGGUAGGAGAGACACAAAGUGCUUUUGUGAAGGGGAGAAAAAUUCAUGACAGCACCCUCAUUGCCUAUGAGAUGGUUCAAUGGCUCAAGACGCAAAGAAAGAAGGCGGCAAUUAUCAAGCUGGAUUUCUAA